AUCGAAUGCGCGAAACGCAAUGAAUGCGAUAAGGUCCACCCACCUGUGCCAGUAGAUUGGGGAUAGUCUAACUGCAACAGAACAGCUGUGAACUUGCACCCUCGAUAUGCAAGGCGAUACAGAGAUAGUAGCCUCAUGACAUUCAGCAAGAGUGGUGUGAUUCAUUCCGAUCUGCGCAAUACCUUGAACCGUCCCCGAGUCAUUUCAGGUUAUAUAUCGUGCACUUCCUCCUGCGAUUGCCUCCUCUACUCAGUUAUUUCACAGCAUCACAUAGAGUACUAUCCUAAGCUCUAGGCCCUGCUACACACUCUCAGGCUAUUAUGGCUAUCUCCAAGUCAGACCCCAUCGUCAUCCUUGGCGCUGGUGUCUUCGGUCUCUCCACCGCUCUCCAGUUAGCCACGGAGGGGUAUACCGACAUCUCAGUCUUUGAGCGCGACGACCAAGUACCUGGCCGGUUCUCCGCAGGGUACGACAUUAACAAGAUCGUGCGCGCUGAAUAUGAGGACCCCUGGUAUACCGAAUUAACACUGAAAGCAAUUGACGGCUGGAAAACGCCCCUAUACGCACCGCACUAUCACCAAACCGGCUUCCUACACUGUGUCUCCGGCACGGGGGCGCAACAAGCAACUCAGACGUUGGAACGCUUUCUGGCGACGAUCAAGAACCACCCGCUCUUUGCACACAAACUCAUCUCAAUCACCUCCUCGGAGCAGAUCCCGCGGGACGUGGCGUGGCAGCUCAACGGACCCCUCCCAGGCUGGAAAGGCUACUUCAACCCCCUAGCGGGGUACGCACACUCAGCGAACGCCCUGCGCGCGGUGUACGAGGCGGCCGCCGCGCAGGGGGUGAAGUUCUUUCUCGGGCCGGAGCGCGGCACCAUCCGCGAGCUCCUGCGAGGCGGGGUCGCCACGCAACCCGGGAAAGUGACGGGGGUGCGCACGCAGUCCGGACAAGUGCACAGCUGCAAGCUCGUCAUCGUCGCCAUCGGGGCGGCGGCGGGUACCCUUCUCCCGGAGGUUGGAACGCAGGUCGUGGCCAAGUCGUGGUCUAUCGGCCAUGUGCGGCUCACGGACGACGAGACCAGCGCCCUCCGCGGUAUCCCCGUCACCUAUGCCCGCGACCUGGGGUUCCUCUUCGAGCCUGACCCGAAGACGAACCUCCUUAAGAUCUGCCCCAUGGGCGGCGGGUAUAUCAACACUGACCCGAAGACGGGAGUGUCGCUGCCCCCCCAAACGUUACGCGAAAGUGAGAAUGUCCUCCCCCCCGACGAUGAGCAGCGCAUGCGCAAGCUGUUGCAGCAUGCGCUCCCGGCGCUGGCUGAGCGGCCGUUCGUGCAGAAGAAAUUGUGCUGGUUUGCUGAUACGGCGGACUCGGACUUCAUUGUCGACUAUGUCCCGGGGUCGGGAGGGAGUGUGGCAUUGUUGUCCGGUGACUCGGGCCAUUUGUUCAAGAUGCUGCCGAUCGUGGGAGAGUGGGUGGCAAGGUUGGUCAGGGAGGGAGAGCAAGCGGAGGCGAGAUGGAAGUGGAAGGGCGGGGACAAGGAAGAUGAGCAAGGGAAGAAGUGGGCUGGCGGAGAUGUCAGUUGGCGAUUGGGGGCGACGAGAGAAUUUGCGGAAAUUAAGCCGGGUCCUGGUGCCAAGCUGUGAUGUGUGUAUGUGUAUUUGAAUGUGUGUGUGCAUCUUCUUGUCAGUCUAUAAAUUUCUAUGAACGAAUUGCAUUUAUGGUAAAACA